GAAGGCGGAUCCGAACGUGCUGUGGUCCCGGGCGAAGCCUGGGAGAUUGAGCACGUGGGGGAGGAGUGGUCCUUAUGAUGGUGUGAAAGAGAAAGCAAGGAUGGGCUUGAAUACUGCCUAGGCCAUGGCUGUUCUAAGACUUAUGGCACCCAGGAGUGCCGGCGCGUUUCUGUGACUCCGGUACUUCACUCGCAUGCCAGGCAGGAGGAAGAUCACGAGUUGGACGCCAGCCUCGGUUACCUAGAGAGAGAGAGACUGUCUCAAACGAGUAAACGAGUGAUGGAGAGAGAUGUGAUUCACUAAGGAAAUAGGAAUUGUAACAGGAUGGAAGCAAUGUUUGAGAAUUCCUGCCAGAAACCAGUUGACAAAUAUAUUGAAUAUGAUCCUGUUAUUAUCUUGAUUAAUGCCAUUUUAUGCAAAACUCAGGCCUAUAGGCAUAUUCUUUUCAACACUAAAAUAAAUAUCCAUGGGAAGCUCUGCAUGUUUUGCCUGCUUUGUGAAGCGUACCUGCGGUGGUGGCAGCUGCAGGACUCAAGCCAGAGUCCAGCCCCUGAUGACGUGAUCCGGUACGCCAAGGAGUGGGACUUCUACAGGAUGUUUGUGAUCGCUUCUUUCGAACAAGCUGCCUUUUUUACUGGCAUGUUUGCUUUCCUGUGGGUACAGCAGCCCAUGACAGCAAAAAGAGCACCCGACUUUGUUUUGCUGCUGAAAGCGCUCUUGCUGUCCAGCUACGGGAAGCUCCUGCUAAUCCCGGCCGUCAUCUGGGAGCACGACUACACACCCUUGUGUCUCAGGCUCAUUAAAGUGUUUGUCCUGACGUCAAAUUUCCAGGCAGUCAGAGUGACCCUGAACACCAACCGGAGGCUCUCCCUGUUGGUCGUGCUGAGCGGCUUACUGUUGGAGAGCAUCAUGGUCUUCUUCUUCCAGAGGAUGGAAUGGGAUGUGGGCAGCGACUGUUCGGUCUACAAGUCUCAGGACGUCUGAAGGUACCGGAGUGCUGUCACCUGCCUGUCCCACAAGGCACCACCGACAGACCAAGGGAGUGAUCCUACCCACGACUACUUCUGUGGUUGGGAGGAUUGUCACAACAUGGCACCUUCCUGGGCAGCUGUCCCACCAAGGAAGGUCUCCUCAGCAUCUGUUAACAGCCUAUUCACCCUGGGAGCAACAGGCCUUGCCACCUCUCCCCCAUGCUGAAUGUUAGCAGGCCUAGCUCCACACAGGUGAUCACAGCUGCCGAGAGUUGGGGGCUGUGACCUUGUCGUGCUGGAGGUCAGCGCUCUAGGAGCACCCAUCACGCAGUAUAACUGGCCUCUCCCCUCUCCUUCAGGCUACUGUCUUCAGGAAGGCGGGUGCUGGCCUCCCUGUUCCCUCACUUGUCUCCAUUGCUGCUUCCCACCGGUCCUCACUGUCUAACCCUCUGUGGCCCUUGCUGAGCUACAGGAUCUGACUGUGUUCAUCCAUCCAGGACUGCUGCUCACUCUCCUUCCCCCUUACCUCGUGUCACCUAGUCUCUUCCCCUCCAGACUCCCUCCACUUCGCAACCACACACAGACUCUGAGGGAAGCUGUGGGGUGGUUCUCUGCCAGGCCUUUGUAAUAUGCUUCCUGCCUUCCACCGUCUGUGUCUACACUAAGUUCAAGAUUCUUGAGUAGGAGUUCUCUGCGGGUCAUGUGAUCUCAGCAGGACUCAGUGGCUCUGAGAACACUUCUCUCUGAGGUCCUGAAACACAACACGCCCCCAUGCUUAUCAGCCACAGGGCCUCCCUGUGCCCAGAGCACAGUGCUGCAGGUUCCUUCAGUUUGUUCUUUGUCUGUCAUUCACGGUGUUCCUUCCUUCUCUUGUCUUCUGCUGUGUGCAGCUCCCUCCUGACCUCCCCCUCUCUGACCCGUGGGCCCUCCCUCCAUCCCUCCAUCCCUCCAUUCUUCCAUCCGAGGAAGCAGGAUCCUAGGUUGAAGAAAUGCUCGACUCACAGCAGGAAAGGGAGCCACACUCACUCCUUCUUCAGUCUCUCACCUGGAGGUAGAGCUUCCACUCUCAUACACCCUGUGGUGCAGCCCCAUUUCCUGCUGUGCUCUGAGCCCACCCAGCUUCCUUCCUCCUGGGUCUUUGGAGGUGUGGCUGCUGGACCUGACCUCCCUCCUCCAUGCACAAGUGUAGCUCUUCAUUCUGGACAUUCCGUCUGAGCUGCUGCUUUCCCUGCCUUCCCCUCUGUGAACCUCCCUUUCCAUGCCUUAGGUCUGCAGUGCUAAACUUCACGGAGCUGCUGCAGCUAUGAGCCUCGUGGUCUGUUUCUGUCAAAAACGUUCAAGCUGCUGCUGGAAUUCUAGCCCCACCCCCUUUCUUCCUUCAUGUGAAGGGGUGGGUGGGCCUGUUCCACACAGAUUUCUCUCCUGGCCAGUGGCUGGGUCCUGUCCCCUGCCUGACACUUGGUGAAUGCAAGAGUAUGGCCCUCCAUCCAAUAUGCCACACUGCAGCUGCUACUGGUUCCCUUCUAUAGAAUGCCGCCAUGUUCACGCCUAAGGAGGGCAUCUCUCCACACUCCACCCUGGCACUUCUACCCAGUUGGCACCUCACAGCAUCUGCCUUCCAAAUUCCUACCUCAGGCCACCCAGGGCUGUGUUCCCUCUGUGCUUCUGUGUAGCUCGUGGGCAGGAAAAUCAGCCCAUGAGUCUUUAGGACCCACGACAGAGCCAGAGGCCUGCUGCCUUGUCUUGUGCUUUGUUCUGUCGUCUUAAAAUUACACUGGGGAGAGACCCAGCCAGCCUUGGAAGCAGGGCUUCUGUGGUGAUCAGAACAGGCCCUACAAAGUCUUGCUCUGUUGUCUACAGCUUUAUUCUUCACUCUCUGUGGUGAGAUCAGUUACCUCAAAAGAGAAGGCAUAAGAGAGCACAAGGACUCUGCUUUCUGUGAGUGAAGCCAAGACUGGGGAUUUCUGAAGGUACUCAGCUAACCCCAGGAAGAUCUCAACCGUCUGUACCUAAGGCUGAGUGCACCUGGCAGGCACCGCGGUUCCACAGCUCAGUCCUUCAUGCCCUUUAAGUCUAAAUGUGUACUGUGGCUUUAAACCUGUAUGGAAACCUUUUGUGUUUUUCUGACAGAAGCACUUUUAAGUCGUCUUUCAGAAUAAAUCAAGCUUUU